UGCAUGGGUUGAUCAUUAUCUUCAUUUGGGUAAUACAUCAACAUCUCGUGUAGAAGGUUCUCAUUCAGUAUUAAAAAAAUACCUUCAAAUUUCAACGGGUAACUUAAAUAUAGUCCAUGAGAAAAUUUCACUAUUAUUAGAAAAUCAACAUCAUGAAAUCAAAGCAAUGAUUGCUAAAGAUAAAACCCGUAUUAAACUUCUCUUUUAA